CAUGGCCCCCAUCAUAUCAAGUUAUGUGUUUGUCAACACACACCCUAUCAGUUCCGAAAUCACACCCGGGGAGGUGAUCUGCUACACCGAGACCUCAUACGCCGCUAACCUUUGUGAGUACGUUCGAGACGACGUGACGCACGUAGGGAUGACAUGUUAGCUUAGGGAUGUUGGGUGCACGCACAUCAGCCGUGGUCUUCGACUGCUUCGUCUUCGGUUUGACCUGGAUAGCUUCUCGUCCUCUGGCAGCCCUCGGACACUCAACAACCAUGGCAGUCAUGAUGAAGGACACCGCAACUUACUUUGGACUCCUGUUUGUAUUGAACGUUGUUGCUAUCACCUUCACCGCAGCUCACAUCACUCAAUUUUUAUACAUCACAUCCGCAUGGACCGCAAUGUCAGUGUCGUCUCUUAUGUUCCAGAACUUUGAACGUUGAUCGAUGAUCUUUGACACAUGCCGACGCGAUGCUCUCUGUACGUUGUGAUCUUGCACAGGCUCACGUCCGUCCUCCUUUCGC